AUGCAUAACGGUUUUUCCCAUAGUUUCUACACUCAUCCAUCUUCGUAUAACACUUAUUAUUCAUCCUCAACGUCGCCCUUGUAUUUUGAAUCAUCUCGAAGUCGUUCACCAUCUUAUUCAUCUUAUUCUCGUUCAUUAUCACCAUUAUCAUUUCAACAUAAAUUUAAUGAACAUCAAUUUUUUGAUAACGGCAACGAUCAACAAUCAUCAGAAAAGAAAAAGCCUACAUCAAAAUCGAAUAUAACAAUUACUCGUCCAACAACAGUUGGAAAAGGUAAAAAUUAUGACUCAGUAGCAAAACUUGUUGAAUUGCUGACGAGUAAAACAGCACAAACAGCAGUUAAAAUCGAUCUUCAAGAUGAUAUUGAACCACCAAUUAUUACAGAUAUACCAGCUAAGAAAGUGGAUGAUGAAUCGCGUUAUUCGUCAUUUUUAUCCAUGACAUGUUCAAGCGAUUCAUCAACAUCAUCAAGCUCAUUUUCUUCUCGAUCUAAUUCAUCGAUUUCAACUGUUACAAAAAAUGAAGAAGAACAAGAAGAAACAGAAGAAAUUAUAGAAUUAAAAGAUGAAUAUUGUUCGUACCCGUAUACAACCGAUGAUAAAGAUGCUGUUGAUGUUCAAGAUAAAUCAGAUAGUGUUCCAAUACCAUCUCUAAUCCAAUCACCGACAUCAGCUCAAAACCGUGUACCAGCUCUUGGAUUAAAUAUUACCGCUUCUUUCGUUCAUCUAGUCCUCUUAGAACGUUAUCCACAAAAUAUUGACUAUAAUAUUGUUUUAUUUCAACGAUAUUUACUAUCACUUAUCGACAAUUUUGAAUAUAAACAAUGGUCGCCCAUUUCAAACAUGCAACUACCAGAUCAACAUGAUAUUGAAGCAAAUAUAAGACUGUUUACAUUACCAAGAGAUGAUUUUCAUGCCAAUCUAUUACGUUUACAAACAUUUACAACUCUCAACAACUCAUUUAUACUAAAUAUAGCUUUAACAGGGCAAUCUACUCAAGAAUAUCAGUUAAAAAUUAGUGAAAAACUGAGUAAAAUUAAUCUCAGUUUUGAUAUUAUUACAUGUCAAGCCGAAUCAUACAUGAUCGGUAUUGAAUUUUUUAUUCAAAAACAACAGAUGUUUCAUCAAGAAUUCUAUGAUAUAGCUAGUGAAAAGUAUUUGACUACACCAACAAAUCUUUAUCCUUAUCUUUUAAUUCAUGCAGAAUUAGGAUCUACCUAUUUUUAUAUUGUUCAUUCAUCAACCAAAUAUACUAUAUGCACAUAUUCAAAUUUAUGUUAUUCAACUUAUCGAAAUUUAACCAAAUUUUUCUGUCAAGGUGAUGAAGAUAUUCCUCUAGAUGAAGAAAAAUCUCUACCUUUACGUUCUUCUUCUUUUUCUUAUUUAUCAUCAUCAUCAUCUCAUUCACAAGUUCCAUCAUUUGAUUUUACUACGAAUGAUUUAUGUACUAAUUGUCGAUCAUUUCCUUUUACCUCUACUCUUCCUCUAACAAGUUUUACUCGUGUAUCACCAAAAUAUUUACCACAAAAUUAUAAAACUUGUAAAUCACCAUAUUAUAUCUAUCGUGGAUGGUCAAAUCGUCGAUCAACAUCUUAUGAUGGUAGUACAUGUUCAUAUGAUGUUCAUACACAAACAGAUGAUAGUUAUUUAUCACAAUAUCAAUCGACAAAUUUAAAAUCAACAAUGAAAAAAUCUUUACUAAAUAUGAUUACAAUGAAUAUUGCUUUAACAGUAAAAUUAAUUGUUAAACUUUAUCCAGAUGUUAAUCAUUGUUUUCUUACGGGUGAAUUUUUUCAUCAAGAAAAACAAGCAAAUAUAGAUGUAGCAAAAUCUAUACACUAUUUAUUAUCUAAUAAACAUUUGACUAUAUGUCAAAUAAAACGUGAACCAUUAAUAGCGGCUCUCGGUUGUGCAUUACCACGAGUCUACUUCGAUAUUGUGGAAGAUAUUCUACCAGGAUAUGACUGUCGUGAUCAAAAACUGGUAAUGAAAAUAGCACGUUUAAUUCCAUGUGAUCAACCGGAUUUGUUAAAUAUCACAUUGAGAUUAUUAUUGAAUUUAUCAUUCGAUCGAGAUAUUCGUUCACAAAUUGUUCGAAUUGGACUCUUACCAAAAUUAGUCGAUCUUAUGGAGGAUGAAAAUCAACGUCUUAUUAGUUUAUGUUUAUUAUAUCAUUUGAGUAUGGAAGAUAGAACAAAAACUUAUUUUACAUAUACAAAAUGUAUUACUAGUUUGAUUAAAAUGAUAUUAGAUUGUAAAGAAGAACGUUUAGAACCGGAAGUAAUUGCACUGGGCAUUAAUCUGGCAUUAAGUCAAGAAUGUGCAAUGCAAAUGUGUGAUUAUAAGAAAAAAGGUUUAAAAAGUUUAAUAAAACGUGCUUAUAAAUACAAGGAAUCGUUGUUAAUGAAACUGAUUAGAAAUAUUUCGACACAUGCAAAUCCAAAGAUAAAAAAUCAGUUCAUUGAUUAUAUUGGUCUGUUUGGUGAAACCUUAGUAAAAGAGGAAGAUGAAACAUUCUUAACGGAAGUUGUUGGCACACUGGCAAAUUUGACUAUACCUGAUAUUGAUUAUAAAGCUGUCAUGGAAGAAUAUGAUCUUGUCAAUUGGAUCAAAGUAAAACUAAAACCAGGCGCAGAAGAUGAUGAUUUAACGCUAUGUGUCGUCAUAUUAGUGGGAACAGUGUGUGCCGAUGAUUCAUGUGCAGAAAUAUUAGCACAAUCAGACAUUAUACAAAUACUUAUUGGUUUAUUACAUGAGGCUCCAGCUUAUUUAAUCGAUUUAAUGCAAGAUAAAAACAAAGAAGUUCGACGUGUUUGUGAUAUGACUUUAGAAAUUAUUAGUGAAUGUGAUCCACAGUGGGCUAGUCGUAUAAAAGUAGCUCGUUUUCGUAAUCAUAAUCAAACAUGGUUAGAAACCAUCGAAGGUCAACAAGUAUCUUAUGAAGACGAUGAAAUUGAUCCAUACGGAUUUGGUAAUGUACAAUUUGGUGAUAAUGAAGAAGAUGUAGAAAGAAUGACUUAUUACUAUCCAGAUACAUUUCCAAAUGAUGGUCGCGAAUCGCCCGAUUUUAAUCAAUGGAACGGUGGUGGUGAUAUGGAUAUUGAUAGAGAGCCUUAUACAUAUAUGCGAGAUGAUGGUGAAAAUAUGGAUAUUGAUGCUGGUAUGUUUAUUAAUCCACGUUCAGUCAAAUAG